CUGGGGAUUGCUCUGGGAUUCAUUAUUCCACCAUUUGUAAUUGAAAACAAUUGCACAGAUGAUGUAAAUAUAUCUUAUGAACUCAGUAUAAUAACAUAUCCAAUAGCAGUUAUAAAUGGAGUCAUAUUACUACUAACGAUUUUUGUGUUUCAGGGGAAGCCAGAUAAAUUUCCUAGUAUAGCUCAAGCUACGAAAGAAGUAAAUGCUGAUUAUUUGUCGUCGUUAAAACAGCUUGUUACGGACCGGAGCUUCAUGUUCCUCUUCAUGGCAUAUGGUUUCAUUGUAGGCACGUAUCUGGCAAUGUCAACUUUAAUGAAUGAAAUGGUUUUAAUUCAUUUUCCAAGAAGUUUCAGUGGUCAUAUUUGGCUUAAGUGCAAUUUGCAUGCUAUGCUACACAUUUAUGAUACGAAUGGAACAUAUCUGGAUUCAAUUUUUGUUCUUCUCUAUACUAGGGGUAUUAAUGACUGGUUACAUUCCGGUUGGCUUUGAUUUUGGUGCAGAAAUCACAUAUCCUAUUCCAGAAGCAAUGUCUGGUAGCUUAUUGAACGCAUCAACAAUGGUAUUCAGUAUCAUCCUAACAAAUGUUGCAUCAUCUUUGAUACAGUCUUACGGUGAUUUCGUAUCGAAUUUAUUUCUUACAGUGUGCAUUCUUGUUGGAUUGGUAUUUGUAGUGUUUAUGAAAUGUGAGCUGAAACGAACCACGGCAUCAAAUGAAGAGAAGCAAACAUGAUUCCUAUUAUGUCAUCUUAUGCCAAUUCACACCAUUCAUGCCACAAAGGUUAACUAAUCUUUGAAUAAAAGUCAUGUGAUACUUUGUCAUCCCAUUACGAAUUACGUACUUGAAAACCACUUAUUUUGGAACUGAAGUCAACUUAGAUAUUGGGAGAUCUGCAUUUUAGUAUCCUACGAUAAAUAAAUAACACUAUGCAGCAUGAAAAAUGUUCUGUAGAUGAAGAAAUAUGUUUCUUGUACGUGUUUGACUAAAAAUAUUGAAUUUGUAAUCAUUUCUGUUUACCCUGAACCAUUCUCCCGAAAAUCAUCACUUCUUGCUUUGCUACUUUACGUAUUUCAACCACACUCGAGGACACAGGACAAAGAAAAACACUCUCAUUGACCGUGUCACCAUUGUCAACAUCGCGACUCUGGCAAUGUUUUUGGUGACAAAAUCUUGUCUCCAAACUGUGCCGAAGUUUCGCUGCUCUAGAUACAAAAGGAAGCAAAAUAUCAGACAAUAUACUAUACAUUUGGCUAUUUUCCCUUUCAAAACAAACUAUUUUAGUUUUGAUACGUAAAUCAAGAACAUUUCGUUUAUACAGAAUCACAUAGUUUGAUCUAAAAGACGAACAUUGACACUUAUCGAAUGCAAGUACACUCUAUUUCCCUUGCUUUAUUGUUAUUUCUUUGUUUACAUAGUUGACUGUAAAAAGAUGUAAGCAAAUUUUAUUCUUUAUUAUCGUUAAAUCUUUUCUUUUAAACUCAUAAAUAUCAUAACUCAAAUGGUUUAUUAUUCUCAACAGUUUACGAGUUCACGUGACUCCUAGUAUAUAGUUUGUCUAACGUAAGAACUCCCCUAGCCAUUCGUCUGGACCCGUGGCGGUGACUAUGGUAACGAGGUAUAUCUAUCUCAAGUAGGGGUGCGAGGUAACUACUUAGGAUAGGUUUUGGGUCGGAUCGACGAGAGAACGGGAAUCUUUUUCAUCUGUCUAUUGUGUUAGCCCUAGAGUGAAGAGAGAAGCUAACCUCCCUGAAAUGAGCUAUUCUUGUUUCCAUAGCAGCAGAAGGCCUAAGACUUCGUGCCGGGGGGAGUUCUUACCGUAGACAAACAGUACAGGGAUUUCCAAAAUUCGACCGACACAUUCCGAGGAGUUGUAAAAAGCGUCAAGAAGAAGAAAGCUUAGAAUAGCUUUGAGAGGAAUAAUUUCGAGAAAAACGCAUUCAAGCUUCGAAUCUAGAGGACACGAAAGGUGGAGGUCUGUUGAAGUUUGUGUCUAACUAAAUUAAAUGUAAACACGGUAUUCACUAUAAAGAGCUGAGGAUCUUUAGAGACUUCAGGGCUCGAACCUAUCACAUUAAAUCACUCUUCCCUGAUCAGUUGUUUAUUGAAUACACCAUGCUGAAUCCACUAACAGCUGACUCACGCCAUGUUUUUUUUAAGCAUAUAUGAAAUCUUCAAGCUACUCUGGUGAUCAUUUUUACGUUACUAUAAUCUAUGAAAUAGUGUUAGAAGACACCACUUCAAGCAACCCCAGUAAAAAUUAAACAAAUAAUUAAAUUUUUUUGGACACAGAAAAUUUCUUCUUAUAGUUGUUUUACUGCACUUGUCAUAAGCUGCAGGUUUUUUUUCUUCGAUUUCCAUCAUCUUGAAUAUUUUUUAUCGUCCCUAUGAAUGUCGUUCGAAUUUUGGAACAACCAGGUUCGGUUCAAUAUCGGAAUAUUGAAUGGAAUUAUGCUCUCAAUAUGAAAUAUUGCAAAAUAUGGUUUGUGUAAAGUUUAGACUUCAUAUGCUUUAUUUAAAUAAAAAAUUCUUAAGUAAUAAACCUGUUUUUAGUUUU